CCGCCCCUCUCUGCCGAGCGUUCUCAUUGCGCCCUCUACUGGCCUCGGCUGGCCAUUUCUCUCUCUGCAGCGCCACUGUCAGUCCGGGGCAACCCCAGCCGGGAGGUCAGGGAUCGGGACCAUCUCCACGCCCGCGUUAGAUACCCAGACAUUUACUGAGCGCUUCCUGUGUGUCGGGGUGGCGUAAAGGGAUGUCGUGGCGGACCGCGGAGGCGCGUUUCUUUUGGUCGUGCUCGCUUAGGUAGCAGCACCCGGCGCAGCGCCUGGCGCCCGCUGGACGAAAGCAAUAGCGUGUAGUUGUGCCGCGCCUAUUCACCACCAGAGGGCGCUCCUCCAGGGGGCGUAAUAAACGGCCUCUGCUUACGCGCAGGCGCACGCCUUGCGGUGAUUAAAAGCGCGAGCGCCCGGGCGAAAGGGAGCCAGAAGACGCCGUUGCGCACGCGCCAUCCGCGGCGGUCCUCUUUCCCCACCGCCUCAACAAACCCAGCCGGCCUUCGCUGUGCGCACGCGCCUGUUGAGGCAGCAUCCCGAAGGGGUAAGGGAGCUUUUCCCGCCUGGCCAAGGGGGCGUGACGCCGCGCGCCGCUUGAUGACGACAUUUCGGCGCCGGCUGGCCGAAUGGCGGCUCCCGAGCCUGAGACGCGCGGCUCUGUGGGUCCCGCAGUGGUUCCCUAAGGCAGCCGUUUCCGACUCUCCACGGGAGGCAGCCAUGGCGUUUCCUCACCUGCAGCAGCCCAGCUUCCUACUGGCUAGCCUGAAAGCCGACUCUCUAAACAAGCCCUUUGCACAGCGGUGCCAAGACUUGGUUAAAGUCAUUGAGGAUUUUCCAGCAAAGGAGCUGCACACCAUCUUCCCGUGGCUGGUGGAGAGCAUUUUCGGCAGCCUGGAUGGCAUCCUCGUCGGCUGGAACCUCCGCUGCCUCCAGGGGCGCGUGAGCCCUGUGGAGUAUAGCAUUGCCAUGGAGUUUCUAGAUCCUGGUGGCCCAAUGAUGAAGUUGGUCUACAAACUUCAAGCCGAAGACUAUAAGUUUGACUUCCCCGUCUCCUACCUACCUGGCCCUGUGAGGGCGUCCAUCCAGGAGCGCGUCCUCCCUGACAGCCCUCUGUACCACAACAAGGUCCAGUUCCCGCCGGCCGGGGGCCUCGGCCUGAACCUGGCUCUCAAUCCGUUCGAAUACUACGUGUUCUUCUUCGCCUUGAGCCUCAUCACUCAGAAGCCGCUCCCUGUGUCCCUGCACGUCCGGACUUCAGACUGUGCCUACUUCACGCUGGUGGACAGGUACCUGUCCUGGUUCCUGCCCACCGAAGGCAGCGUCCCCCCACCGCUCGCUUCUAGUCCCGGGGGCACCAGCCCCUCGCCAGCUCCCAGGACGCCCGCCGUGCCCUUUGCAUCCUACGGCCUGCACCACACCAGCCUGCUGAAGCGGCACAUCUCACACCAGACCUCUGUGAACGCAGACCCCGCCUCCCACGAGAUCUGGAGGUCGGAAACCCUGCUGCAGGUAUUUGUUGAAAUGUGGCUUCAUCAUUAUUCCUUGGAGAUGUACCAGAAAAUGCAGUCUCCCCAUGCUAAGCUGGAGGCUCUGCACUACCGGCUCAGUGUGUCCAGCGCCCUCCACGGCCCUGCCCAGCCCAGCCUCCAGGCCCUCCACGCCUACCAAGAGUCGCUCACGCCCACUGAGGAGCACGUGCUGGUGGUGCGUCUGCUGCUGAAGCACCUGCACGCCUUCGCCGGCAGCCUGAGGCCCGAGCAGGCCUCGCCCCCCGCCCACUCCCACGCCCCCAGCCCCCUGGAGGAGUUCAAACGGGCCGUCGUGCCGAGGUUUGUCCAGCAGAAGCUCUACCUCUUCCUGCAGCACUGCUUCGGCCACUGGCCCCUGGACGCCUCCUUCAGAGCCGUCCUGGAGAUGUGGCUGAGCUACCUGCAGCCGUGGAGGUACGCAGCCGAGAAGCAGGCCCAGAGCAGCGACGCCCAGCCCCGCAGCGUGUCAGAGAGGUGGGCGCCCUUUGUCCAGGAGAACCUGCUGGUAUACACCAAGCUGUUCGUGGGCUUCCUGAAGCGCGCCCUCCGCACGGACCUGGUCAGCCCAAAGAACGCACUCAUGGUGUUCCGAGUGGCCAAGGUCUUUGCCCAGCCCAACCUGGCCGAAAUGAUCCAGAAAGGCGAGCAGCUGCUCCUGGAGCCGGAGCUCGUCAUCCCCCACCGCCAGCACAGACUCUUCGCUGCUCCUACCUUCAGCUGCAGCUUCCUGUCACCGUGGACGCCAGCUGUCACCGACGCCUCCUUCAAGGUGAAGAGCCACGUGUACAGCCUGGAGGGCCAGGACUGCAAGUACACCCCGAUGUUUGGACCCGAGGUCCGGACCCUGGUCCUGCGCCUCGCUCAGCUCAUCACGCAGGCCAAGCAGACCGCCAAGUCUAUCUCCGACCAGUGCGUGGAGAGCCCGCCCGGCCGCUCCUUCCUGUCGUGGCUGGGCUUCUUCCCCGUGGACCCCAACGGCUCCUCCCCAGCCAAUGACCUAGACGACCUGGGGCAGGACAGCAUCCGGAAGACGGAUGAGUACCUGGAGAAGGCCCUGGAGUACCUGCGCCAGAUAUUCCGGCUCAGUGAGGCCCAGCUCACCCAGCUCUCGCUCGCCUCGGGGACCACUCAGGACGAGGACGGGAAGAGGCAGCUCCCAGACUGCAUCGUGGGCGAGGACGGGCUGAUCCUCACUCCCCUGGGCCGGCACCAGAUCAUCAACGGGCUGCGGAGGUUCGAGAUCGAGUACCAGGGGGACUCGGAGCUGCAGCCCAUCCGGAGCUACGAGAUCACCAGCCUGGUCCGCGUGCUCUUCCAGCUGUCGUCCGCCAUCAACCGCAGGUUCGCAGGCCGGAUGGUAGCCCUGUGCUCCCGCAACGACUUCCUGGGCAGCUUCUGUCGCUACCACCUUACCGAACCCGCACUGGCCGGCCGGCACCUGCUGAGCCCAGUGGGGCGGAGGCAGGCGGCCAGCCAGGCCCGGGGCCCCAGGCUUAGCCUGCGCUUCCUGGGCAGCUACCGCACGCUGCUCUCGCUCCUGCUGGCCUUUGUCAUGGCCUCGCUGUUCCACGUCGGGCCCCUGCCCUGCGCCCUGCUCCUCGUCCUGGGCUACGUCCUCUACGCCGCGGCCAUGACGCUGCUGACUGAGCGCGGGAAGCUGCACCAGUCCUGACCGGGCGGGGGCGGCUGCUGUCUCGCGUCUCCGGAGCAGAUGGCGGGAUUUGCACACAGCUCGUCCACGGGCCUGAGAGGCCCUGGGAGGCCACGUCCGAGCUGGAUGGAGCACAGUCAUCCUUGAGCCUCCAGGUGUUCUGCAGCUGCGGAAACCCUUUUCUAGAAGAAACUGACACAAGAAGAGGGAACGGGCCAAGGCUGGGCAAGGAAGGGGCCAGGGGCUUCGCGCCGACUCCCAGCCUGGGGCCCUGCUCGGCUGGCCCGCCCUCUGCCCCAGGCCCCAUGGCUCAGCUACCUCCAGAGGUCUCUCCUCAGCAGUUGUUUCUGGACUGUGCCAUGUAAUCUUGGAGCCAGUGUGCCACAGCAGGCUCCAGGCCUGUCCUCAAGGUGAGCAGUGUCCCCUGCCCCAGGGGACGUCCGCUCAGCCUCUGAUCCAGGGAAGAAGCAGUGUCCAAGAUCCCUGAGAACUAGAGAAACCUCCGAUUCCAGCCCGAGAGCCGAAUCCACUGCCACCUUUAGCAAAGCGAGGGGCGUUCUCCAGGGGUCCAGCCGGCCCCUGGAGCUCCGCCUGAGGACUCGAAGACCUUGGGGUACAGGCGCCUGAUAGGACAGCACUUCACCCCUGGCCCCCAAGCCAUUGAGCACGUGUCCCAGAGUGGCCCGGCCCCAUCACCCCUGCCGUGCCUUGUCACCAGGCGCUGGUCCCCAGAGAGCAGGGCCAGAGUCAUCCAGCCGCCUGAUCGACAGCCGAAGAUGGCCAGUGUGUCAUUUUCACCUGCAAUAAAAUCGGGUGCUCAGAGACGGUGACCUUUUGAUAAUGCUGGGGUCAUCGUGUCCAAGUGCCCGUCCCCUGUCAGGGGGCCGCGGUCGGGCCCAGGCCUUCCUCCAGCCUGCGGAUGGUGAAGUAGGGGGGCCUCCACGUUUGGUCUGUGUGGGCCACGUUUGGUCUGUGUGGGGGGCAGUGGAGGAAGGGUUAAUGUUUCCCUAAUUGUAAAUGCUGGGUUUUACGUUUUGAUAUAAACUAAGAAAAAUGGCAUUUUGGGAACCCGUGACCAAAAAUCAAACCAAACUUGUAACUGACCAUGGAUAUGAAUAAACCUGUUUUCAUUUCCGAGUUUC